GAUGAGGAUGGUGUUUGACAGCUACGGCCAGAAAUGCUACAAGUCUUACGCGGAUGCUGCCACAUUACUCCUCCGCUUCUUGAAGUACAAGAAACCUCACGAUGUCAAGUCAAACAUAAACCCGAUCGCGCACACGGACAAAAGCUUUAUAUCGUUCUUGCACCAGAACAACGUGAGGGGACUUGAGGUGAUGACUAAAGAUGGAGAGUGGUUCACCUUCGAGCCUUCUCCUUCUUCCUUCAUGAUCAUGGCUGGUGAUGCAUUUGUAGCAUGGAGCAAUGGGAGGAUCAAGGCUUGCUACCAUAGAGUCGCAGUGAGGGAGGAGAAUGAAGUCAGAUACUCGCUCGGGGUGUUCUCAUAUCAGAAGGGGAUGAUAAAAACACCGGAUGAGCUCAUCGAUGAAGAGCGCCCGCAGCAAUUUAAGCCAUUUGAUCACGUCGAUUUUCUCUGCUACCGUGAUUCCAGCGACAACCGAGUUAAAGCCCAGAGCCUCAUCAAGACUUAUUGGGGGGUUUAGGACCCGGCUCGAUCCACGUUAUGGUUUAGUCGAGAAUAAGUUCGAGGGAGUCUUUCUUUCUUUCUUGUUUAGUCCUUCUUAUAAAAAAUAAAUCCACUUUGCCAUC